UGGGUGAUUAAAUGAGUUGAUGAUUCAGUAUUCCAGCCUAAACAAGUCAACAACCCUCCCAAGCUUCUAAUGAACUCAUUAGCUGCAGAGCAAGGUACCUGCAGAGCAAGAGAAAAUUCACAUCUUUUGAUUAAGCACCUGGUUUAGAAGGCCUUUUUCUUGGCACUAAAAUGAAAGCUAAGAGCCUGUUCGGAGACUGCCCGACUAGGUGAUUUUAACUCUUUUUUGUUGAAUUGAUUCAGGCACCACACCACGCUACGCCACGCCUCGUAGAGGAUUCUUGUAAGCCCUUCAAGAAAAAGCUGCUACUUUUUUGUUAAGCAACUUCAUUAAUUUCAGAAGCUAUCUCAUGGAGUCUGCUCAAGAACUGGAACUUCAAAACACUGUUGGAGACAGAGAACCAAACCCACAUACAGAUUCAUCUGCAACCAUUCAAUUAAUAGUUCCUGGAUCCAAACACUUCCGGUGGUGGCUUCGAGUGUCGCUCUACAUCUUCUUCCUCCUUGCCGGCCAAUCAGCAGCCGUACUUUUGGGGAGAUUAUACUUUGACAAAGGUGGAAACAGCAAAUGGAUGGCAACAUUUGUUCAAUCAGCUGGCUUCCCAGUCGUAAUCCCCUUCUUGUUUUUCUUCACACCACCACCACCCAAUUCCACCGCCACUUCCUCCCAUAAACCGCCACCAAUCUCCACCCUCGCCCUCCUCUACCUCUGCUUUGGCCUACUAUUGGCCGGUGACAACUUAAUGUACUCUUAUGGACUCCUAUACCUCCCUGUCUCCACCUAUUCGCUCCUAUGCGCAACCCAAUUGGGCUUCAAUGCAGUCUUCUCAUUUUUUCUGAAUUCCCAAAAGUUCACCGCUCUAAUUCUCAACUCCUUAUUCCUCCUCACCAUCUCGGCAUCGCUUCUUGCAAUCCACGCAGGCUCUGAUAACACGACAAAUGUCUCCAAAUUGAAGUACACAAUAGGCUUCCUAUGCACCCUCGGUGCAUCUGUCACAUACUCUUUGUACCUCUCCCUAAUCCAACUCUAUUUCCAACGGGUAAUCAAGAAUGAAACAUUUAGCGCAAUCUUGAAUAUGCAAAUCUACCCAUCAUUUGUCGCGACUUGUGUUUGCAUUGUGGGGCUUUUUGCCAGUGGAGAGUGGAGGACUUUGAAUGGGGAGAUGAAGGUAUAUCAAAAGGGAAAGGUGUCUUAUGUGAUGACUCUGGUUUGGAUCGCGGUAACGUGGCAAAUCGCUUCAAUAGGCAUGCUUGGGCUGGUUUUUGAGGUGUCUUCUCUCUUCUCCAAUGUCAUUGGUACUUUGGGUUUGCCUGCUGUUCCGAUUCUUGCUGUUGUGUUUUUCGGCGACAAGAUGGAUGGUGUGAAGGUGAUAUCCUUGUUGUUGGCUCUCUGGGGCUUUUUGUCAUACGUCUAUCAGCAUUAUUUGGAUGACUCUAAAUGUAAAGCAACGAUAACCCGUGUUGAUGUCAAUUCUGGAGCUCGGAUAGAGCUAUGUUGAUGGGCAUUUUUCAACCACAAAAAACAUGACAUAGAUUCAUUCAUCGGACCACUUCCAUGGCAAAUAUAAAGAGCAGCUGUAGGAGCUAAUUUCAUGUUGUUUUAUCAGUGUCAUUGCUGAUCAUUGUGUUUCCUAAGUCUCAACUUGAAGUAGUAGUUUGAGGUGAUGUUGUUUUGUUCCCUUUUGUCAGGUUUUUUCAAGACAAUUCUGCUGAUUGAUCCUA